UGGUCAACGUGUUGAGUGAGCUGCGAAUGAGCAGCACCUCUAGCAGCCAUGGGAACUGCAUCCCGUUGUUUCCUUUUGAUCAUGUGGAGCACAGCGAGAGCCGCAUACUUUUUUGUCGAGGACCCUGCUCCUGGGACUCACUCAAGUCACGGGCGUUGUCAUCCGACAGGAAGGCUCUGAAAGAUGCUUUCAACAAGAAGUGCUGGAAAACCAGGUCCUUCGGAUUGCCUACAAUAUGAAUGACAAAGAGGUACUCAAUAAAGCUGAAUGCAAGAUCCUAGUCAAAAGUCCUUCAGACGAGGUAGUGAAGGACCAUGCGCUUGUGGACUCCCACGAUGGAGUCUUGGCACUGGUCCCAAAGGAGCCCGGGCCAUACAGCAUAUGUGUAAAAUGUGCUGGACAGGGCCUUUUGUCAAGCUUGGGGGGUGGAAGGAAACUGCGAUGGUCUAUUGCUUUUGAAGUGCUGGGCGCAUCUAGCCUUGGGUUGCUGCCGGACCCCAGGAAUGCAGCCCACCUGUCACAUUUGAAGGGCACGCAGGCCCAGGUGGAUGUGCUCUUGGAACGAAUCAAUGCCAUUAGCGUCGAGAAUGACUAUGAGAAGGCCUUUGAGGCAAAAUUUGUGAAGGCAUCUGAGGCCGUGAAUAUGGAUGUAGCAGCGUUCAAGUUCCUCCAGAUCAUUCUGAUCACCGGCGUCACGGCAUUUCAGAUACACAAUCUAGCAAAGUUUCUGCAGAGGAACAAGUUCUUGGAGUGCUGCUUACCCAUCGCCAUGAGAAUGAAACCAAUGGUCUGAGAUCGUGCGUAGCCCCCAAAAGGUCCGAAGUGCUUCAGACACAGAAGACUACGCGUCGUGUGAGCUGAAAUUCAAUAAACACCGUAUCAAUUUGAUCAGCAAGAUCAUGACACCUGGCUUUGCUUGGAUUGAUAUUGUGGGUUCGAAGCGCAGCCUGGUUCAAGUACUUCAAGCUUGACAUGCCACCAGAGAAAGCC